AUGGCUCACACCUCGGGACCAGCGCAACAGCUUGGCCUCGACGUUGAUCCGGCCGACGUCCGCCUAGUCUCCGGUCCCGCAGAUCCCUACGCGUGGCGGUACGGCCUCGAGCAGGAGCACUUGUUCCGCAGGCAGUUCAGCAAGCAUAACGUCAGUGCGUACCGCCAGAUCUGUCAGCAUCUAGGUCACGCGAUCCAGGCGGUGCUUCAUGAUGGUCAGCCGGUGCGGUCUUCCACACCGCGAGAUGUGGACUCGGGAGAGCGCUCGAGGCUCCCACCGUCCCGCUCAGCAAGAUCGCCACCUUCUCAUGGCUGCGGUGACGGUGAGCCAGGCCACACUACGCGAGAGCUCUCGACUGAGCACCGGUCCGCCCUGCAGGAGCUGGAGACCGAGAACCAAAGCUUGCUCGCUCGACUGGCCGUGGCAGUGUCGGUGGUCGAGGAGAGGGCCACCGAGAUCCAGCGGCUGCACGUAAGCAACGACGCGAGGGAACAACACCUCCGCGAGCUGCAGGCCACCAUCCAGCAGCGCGAUGUGGAAGCACUGCGGUGCACGCAGCUGGUGGCAGAGUACGGGGGACAAGGAGCAAGCCAUGACGGUGCUUCUCCACGGCUGGGAGCGAGGACUGCGAACACUCCAGGUGGAGGUGGGCACAGCGCUACAGCACCAGACCUCGGUCAGCAAGGCAUAGUGUCGUCACAGAACAAUACUGCAGUGAUAAGAUCAGACAUGGUCCCACAAUGA